GACCGGGAGAGAUGGAGCCGCCAAGCAGAAGGGCUCACCCUCGCCAAGGUAGCUCCCCGGGCACUGUGAGAGCUCCCUGUCUACUACUAAUAUACGUCUCUGUAUAAUAACCUAGCUGCAGGAAUUGCAACGUGCCUCCUGAAAUAAUACAAGCUAAACGAGUAAAACCUUUUAUUUAACUUCUUUUAAAAAAUAAAAAUCGCACCUGUGAAUGAGUACUGGCCUGGGUGGAAGCGUUCAGCUGCGUUCUGCAACUUUUCCUUCCCAGGUGUCGGUCUUUUGCCAACGCUGGUUGCUCAGCGUUACUGUCAAAUUCCUUCAUCUCCGGGUCCGCGCUGCCAGUUCGCUGCUGCAGUCUGCAACCUCCUUCUUUCUCUUCUCCUUCCCCAGCUUCUCUCCCCUUCCAAUACAUCCUAGCUUGCCUCUGAUUCCCCAUAAGCAGGUGUGACCUUGUUUCCCUUUUUCGUCUUAAACAGAAAUGUUUCCCAGUCUUUCUGUGAUAAGAGCCGUUACCCUUGUUUUUUUAGAUUGUGUAUGACUUCUGUACGUAAACACCUCCAUACCAAUGUGUAGUAAGGCUUCAGUUUCUCGUACGCUUGUUUCUGCCAUCUCUUUCAUUCCUAAAUCCUUGCUGGUUUGACCUGUGUGAAUUUAGGUCUUUGUCCAGGAAAACUUCGUUCCUACAAAAUAGCACUCGAAUAGGUUAACAGACUGAAAUCUGCAGGAAUUAUGGAUGUAUAUGGUGAUUAAUUGUGAAAAUUAUGGUUGCAAGACACUGUUUUUUUUUUUCCAAGUUCAUCAGAGCAAGAUGCCUGCCCUCUCCUUUGCCUCAAAUCUAAGCCUGGUUAUCUUAAAUGAUUAAUGAAACAUAGUAUCACUGUGCUACUCUUACCACCUCCUUGCUGCUACUAUUGCAUGUUACUUUUAAGCCCUUGGCAUGCUACGUGCUGUUUGAAAAUCUUUGUACACAGUGGUUGUUUUCUGGGGAAGGAAUUAAAAAAAUGCGACAAAACUUUAAAAGCUGAUUGGUUGCCUUCAAAUGUUUUCCUUCUUUUUCUAAAAGUGUCUCUAAUCUGUGGGUUGUUGAAAUGCACAUCAACUUGGCACAGUCUUCGUGGUUGCCAAGUAUGAGCCAGUUGGAUCUCAAGGAAAUGUAACUCACUGCAAUCAGUCCCGUGGCGACUUUUAUUUCACCGAGAAGCAAACAUCUUUUGAAUUGCCAGGAUUUUGCUUCUUGGAAUGCAAUGACUCAGAAGCUACAGGAUGAAUUUGACAGUAGCGUGGAGAAUGCAGAAGCUUGGAUGAAGGCCAUCCAAGAGAGGCUGAGGAUCAAUGACAACACCAAGGGACCUCGAUCUGCCCUAGAAGCCAGACUGAGAGAGACUGAGAAAAUACGUGCACUGGAACCAGAAGGCAACUUGAAAAUGGAUUUGAUUCUUGUGAAGGCAGAUGCUGCUCUUCACAGCAUUGGUGAGGAUAAGAAGCAUGAGGUACUAUCUAAACUGAAAGACAUUAAAGCCUUGUGGGAAGAGACAGCCAUAUACAUGACUCACUGUCACAGCCGAAUUGAGUGGGUCUGGCUGCACUGGAGUGAGUACCUGAAAGCCCAAGAUGAGUUUCUCGCAUGGAUUCACCACAUGAGAGUGAUCUUGGAGCCAGACAUUGAGUUGCAGCUUGGCUUAAAGGAGAAGCAGUGGCAGCUGAGCCAUGCUCAGGUUCUGCUGAAUGAUGUCUUAAAUCAAUCAAUCCUGCUGGAAAGGUUGCUGGAGGAAGCUGCUUCCUUGUUCAGCAGGAUAGGCGACCCCAGUGUUGAUGAGGAUGUUCAGAAGAAAAUGAGAAUGGAAUAUGAAGGAAUCAGGGAAGAAGCUCAGAGCAGAGUGAAACUGCUUGAAAAGAUAACCAAGGAACACGAACAGUACAACGCUAACGUCAACCAGUUUCAAUUGUGGCUGAACGGUGUGACACAAAAAUUAAACCACUGCAUUGGAGAAGCAUCCAAGUCUUCAGUAGAGGACCAGUUGAAGGCACUGAAGGAAAUCGCCAAAAACAUUAGGAAUGGUGGCAAGAAAUGGAAGCAUCUUGAAAAUCAGUGUGCAGAGGUGAUUCAGAAUACUUCGCCACUUGGAGCUGAGAGAAUGAAGGAUGAACUUGAAGAGCUAAGAAAAGCCUUGGAGAUGUUAAAACUGCUGAGUAGUGAAGAGGAGGAGAGAUUGCUCAAGUUCCAAGAGUCAGAAAGUGCCUACGAGUCCCAAGCCAGACAAUUAGAAGCAGAUGUCCAGGAGUUGAGAAAAGAUCUACAGAGACUAGAAAAUUACCUGGAUCCUGGGAAAGGGGAAAAGACUGAAGAUGAGUUUGUAACUCUGUGGAGAAAAUGCAAUGCAACGAGAGCUGCUCUGGCUGCAGAAGAGUCCACGGUUGAGAGGCUGAAGGCUCAGCUUAAGGAACUGCUACGGUUUUCCCAAGAUGUGCAGCCACACGCUGAGAGUGUUGUCUCUGCAAUACAGCAGUAUGAAAGUGUUAGAGGCAAGACGUCUAAAAUGAGCACUGAUACAGAAGCCCAACUGAGAAGACUCUUCCAAAAUCCCCUGCAAGAUUUUGAACAGUGGAAGCCAUCGGUCCAGAUGCUCCUGGAGACUCCGGAGCCAGCGCUGGCUCACGUUGAGGCUGCCCUAGCUGAAAGCUCCCAGUUCAAAGAGAAGUUGAUGACAUUACAGCUGAAGAAAGAUCUGCUAAGCAAUAUCCUUGGUGAGGAAAAAGCAAAGUCUUUCCUGCAAGAAGUAGCUGAAGCUUCAAAGGAGAGAGAAAUUCUACACACGAGUCUGCUGCAAAGCAAAAACAAACUCCAGAAUUUGAUAUCACAACAUAAGGACUUUGAUGCUGGUUUUGCGCCUUUGCAGAAGAAAUUAUGUGCCAUCAAAGCCAAAUUAGAUCUAGAGAAGGAACCGCGGCCUGACCUCUUGGGUAAAAAGACACAACUCCAGAGACUCCAGAUGAUCCAAGAUGACUUGGCAGAGCUUGGAAUUCAAAUGGAGGCAGUAGAGAAGCUUGUUCAGUCAAAUACCACACACAGGCAUGAAAUGAACCAACUUUCAUCUGACUCUCAGGCCCUGAAGAGGUUGUUGGAGGUGAUGAUACAGCAGAGAGAAGAGCACGUGCAGAAGCAUUGGGCGUAUAAUGACAAACUCUCUGACCUCCAGCGGUGGAUCACAGUAACCACGGAGAAGAUUGACUCCUACCAGGGUGCUGAUGGAGAGCAGAGCACUGAGGGCAGGUUGGCAGACCUUCAGAAAUGGCUAGCUGAGUUUCCAGAUAAGGAGGUCCAGCUGCACCUUGUGGAAGCUCAUGGCCAGCUGGUCAUGGAGAAUUCUUCCCCAGAGGAGACUACCCAUGUCCAGGCAGAGCUGGAUCAGCUGAAGGAGUCAUGGAGAUCACUGAAGGAGAUGGCAACUGGUCUUCUCAAAAAGUGGCAGUUAAAUAGACCAAUGGCUGAUAAGAAGAAGAAAAUAGCAUUUGUGGACAGCAGAUGGAUGUCUGGACCUACCACCCCUCAUUUAGACAUAUAUCAGAACCAUAAGCAGGAGGCAAUAGAAGGGCAACAACCGAGCAGCCACUUGAAGCUCCUACACGACUUUGAAGCAUGGUUACAAGGAGAAAACACCAAACUGACCAAAAUUCUUGCUGUGACUCCAUCUUCUGCAGAGGAAAUGAAGGCACGUCAGAGCAAACUGCAGGAGCUGCAGUCUCGUGUGCCUGAUGGUCAGAGUCUUUUUGAGGACCUUCUUGAUCUUCAGCCUGUCAUUGGAAGUUCUGAAGAUCUGGAGGACCUCCGUUACCGAUGGAUGCUCUACAAAUCUAAACUGAAAGAGUACAUGAGUUCACCGAGUCCUGCAUCUUUGGAAGAACCAGACAGAUUCAGAAAGAAGCGCUCUGGAGGCGUGUGCUCAUUCCUGCGUCGAGUGUGCUGGGCAGCACUACCAUUCCAGCUGCUCCUCUGGCUCCUCCUGCUCCUGGCCUUCCUCCUGCCCCUGCCCUACAGCUGCUCGCGGGCCAACAACUUUGCUCGGUCCUUCAAGCUGAUGCUGAGAUACGAGGGCCCACCUCCCACCUAACUUCUGGUGUGGCACGAGGUGACUGUCAGACAGACAGACUCCUUGUUUUUAACAAUUGCAAGUAUUGUAGAUUUUAGGGCUUCUAACAAGGCUCUCAUACCAACGAUAUAGGUCACAUAAAUGCAGGAUAAUAUUAGUCCACUUCAAUCAGGUAUUUGAGCAAAAUUAAUAUUUUUACAAUAUUUUCUUACUAUAUUUAUAAUGUGUAUAUAGAGAUUGUGUAUGUAUGUACAUAUAUAUAUAUAUGUAUAAAAACCUUCUCUGUGGUCAAACUAACAUUCACCAUCCGCUGUUUAAAGAUAAUACUGCAAUGUUUCUGUUUCUACCAUCUUUCAGCCAGGAAUACUGAAUGAUGGUUUUGUUGUGUUUUUCUGGGUGAUUUUUGAAAAUCAGAUUCUUUUUGACUACAACUGAAGUCAGAGAAAGUAUAAGAUGUGGGCAUGCACCAGGGUGCAAACUGGAGAAUGGGCACAAUAGAAUCAUGCUGGAAUACAGUGGUUGACAUUCAGCCCAAGGAAAAUUGGGACUAUUUGAAAUCUUGAGCUGUUUUUUCAGUAUCUGGAUGCCAAGAUUGCAGAAGGUAAUGGAAAUUUUUCUACUGACUUCAGUAGGAGUGGGGGUGGACCUCCUCUUGUUCUCAUUUUUCACCAGAUCUCUUUUCCAAUUACUGUGUUCUCCAGCCCACCUGAAUCAGGAGAGGUAGAAUACAGUAGAAGAAAGCUGGGAAAAAAAGGAGUAUAUCGUUUUUAGCAACUCUGUAGAAGCAGAACUUUUAAAAUCAGGUCAUAACUUUCUGAACAAAUUUGUGAGCGCUGAACAAAACCUUGUAUCAGUGAUCUUGUCUACAAAAAGCAGUGAGGUUUUUUUUUUGCUUGUGGGAUUUUGUAGUUUGGUUUGUUGGUUUUUUUUACUUUAUAAAGAGGCAUUUGGUAAUGGAUCAUAAAGCCUGAACAGUGUGAUGCAGUCUGGCUCAGUGUCAGCAAUUCAAAAGUUGGAAGUACUUUAAUAAUACCACCCUGGAAACAAGAUUCCUUCCUAGGAUGUUUUUAUUUUAAUGGUUUGUUAAACUGAUGUAAACUGAUUGUAUCAAAGACAGUCAAGCAUCGAUUUCUAUAUAGUUUAAACUCUAAGAUGAUGAAAUCUUGUCAUUUAUUUCCCUAA